AUGGAGAAUAUUAAUGUCAGACGAACUCUUGCGUAUUACACAAAUGUAGUUGGCCCUCAGCAUUUCAAUAGCAUAGCAAGACCGAGGGUCAAUGCAGCUAAUAUAGAGGUGAAGUCAGCAGUAAUCCAACUGGUUAAGAGUAACCAAUUCAAUGGGUUGUCUCACGAAAGCCCAUAUGAGCACCUGACAACUUUUAGUGAGAUUUGCAAUACAGUAAAGAUCAAUGGGGUGCCUGACGAAGCAAUCAAACUUAGCUUAUUUCCAUUCUCAUUAGGAGGCAAUGUUAAGCUUUGGUUGAACUCUUUUCCAGAAGGGAGCUUUACAGAGUGGGAAGCUGUGGUGACAAAGUUCUUGAACAAAUAUUUCCCACCAUCCAAAGUAAAUAAAGGAAAGCAAGAGAUAUCAUCUUUCAAGAAAGGCAUGGAGGAAUCGUUAGGUCAUGCAUGGAUAGAUACAAAAGCUUAUUAA